ACUUUUUAACAGCUGUUUUGGAGUCCCAUUCCAAAACAUUUGAUUAGUUUGUUUUGAUUGUAGAUUUAAUUUAAAUUCAAGCUCUAGGGAUGUUGCAUACACAAGCAAUACAGACGAUUCCUACUCUGCACCAGCCGCUUCACUCCAAGGUAUCAAAUUACUUGAACAACCAGCGGAGAACUGGGCAAUUUUGUGACUUGGUCCUUGAACUGGAUUUAGAUGAUUCUUUGAGCUUGAGUGUUCACUUCUGCGUGCUGGCUGCCCAGAGCCAGUUAAUAAACACCAACCAGAAGCAGCAGCAGUUCUCUAUUCACAAUCCGCUAAAAAUCACAAUAAGUAAUUUUAGCUGCACCCAGUGUCUGCAGACCAUUGUGGACUUCUUUUACGAGGAUUUUGUAUCCGUGUCCAAGGAGCAUGAACCACAUUUUCGAGAGCUGGCUCAAAUUCUGGCCGUUACGGAACUACUUAAUCUCUACCAGUUGCAUACUUUGGGAGAGCUAAAGGAAACAGCAGAUGUUAUAGCAUCUGGGGAGAUUGAACUAAAUCAAGAGCCAGAUAAGAAAGCCGAUGAUGUUUUUGAGAAUCGACAGAGUUACUUUAAGCUUAAGAACCCGAGGGCCAUUAAGUCCAGCAGCAAGGUGAACUACUGCAUUGGGUGCGACUUCAAGUGCUACCAGGUGCAGAAAAUGAUUGAGCACAUGGGCAGCUGUGAGCCUUCUCAUUUAACAUGUUCCCUCUGCGAAGUGGGCUUCCUCGAUUGGCGGGAGUACGACACUCACAUACGUAGGCACUCGGGAGACCUGCGGAAACCCUUCUUUUGCCUGCAGUGUGGAAUUCGCUUUACCACGCGAGCUGCCCUUCUCGUCCAUCAGCCCAAGCAUUCCACAGAAACACCUCAUAUCUGUCCCCAUUGCGGCAAGGGUUUCAAGUGGAAACAGGGUCUUAGUAACCACAUCCUGGUCCAUAAUCCCGAAAAACAGAUGCUCUGCGACGUUUGUGGCUAUAGCACCACCCAUAUGAAGGCCUUGAAGUCCCACAAACUACUACACACUGGAGAAUUCUUCGCAUGCACUGUUUCGGGUUGCAAGCAUCGAGCCAAUCGCAAGGAGAAUCUCAAGCUGCACAUCGAAACCCACAAACAGGGGAGAGAUUUUAUCUGUGAGAUCUGCGGCUGCAAGUUCAGCCAGAGCAAAAACCUUAAGCGUCACGCCUUGAAGCACACGGAGAAUGGUCCGAACCGGUACAAGUGCCAGCUGUGUGGCUUUAGUAGUCAUCGCUCUGACAAAAUGAAAGAACACGUUCAGCGUGUUCACACGGAGAAGGCGGUGCAAUUGGAGCUCUCGGAGACGGUGGACAGUUCCUUUCCAGAUGACUUUGAUCUACCUGUAAUCGAUUCGCCCAAGAAGAAACCUAAGGUAGUUAAGAGCAAGGUGAAAAAAGAUUUAAAUCCUGAUAAGCGACUGAAAAACUUAUUGCCGAAGGAGACUGUGAAGUAGGAAUAAAACAAAAGUAUCCUAUAAUUAUAUAGUACCUACUAAAAUCUA